AUGGACAUUAAAGUAAUGCUACAAAGUGCAUACACUAAGAAACUACGAGAUGCUGCUGUCCGCUACGAGAUCGAGGCGGGCAACGAAGGCGGCGCCUUCUCCAUAGACGCCACCACGGGGCGCGUCGUGGUGGCUGGACAACUCGAUUACGAAAAGCGCAAAAUGUACGAGCUGCGGCUGGCCGCAUCGCGGGGACGCGAGGCAUCGACAGCGCCGGCCGUGUCCCGGGCAGAGCUCGUGGUGACGCUGCUGGACGCCAACGACCUCCCGCCGGUCUUCCAGCAGCCCGUGUACCGCGCAGAGCUGCAGGAGGAGGAGGACCCCGCCCACCUGCCCAGGAGGAUACUCACGGUGAAGGCUGUGGACGGCGACGUGGAGCGUCCACAAGACGUGGUGUAUUCCAUCUCGGGGCCAGGAGUCGCUCUUGAUAGAAGUGAUGAUGGACACUUUCGAGUGGACGCCAACACAGGCGACGUGUUCGUCCUUACGCCCCUGAACCGCGACCCCCCGGACGGCCGCCCUCUGUGGCGGUUCACGGCGUUCGCGCAGGACGAUGGCGGCGCCGGACUGGUGGGCUACGCGGACGUGCAGGUGGCCCUCACCGACGUCAACGACAACGCGCCCACCUUCCCGCAGCAGCCCUACCACGGACAAGUCAUCGAAAACGCGCCAGCAGGUACGUUCAUCCUGAAUGUGACAGCAGUGGACAUGGACGAUCCUUAUGAGGGAAGCAACGCGAGGGUCAGAUAUUCCAUUGAGAAGAACGCUGUGGAUGAGGACACGGACUCGGCCAUAUUUAAAAUUGACGUAGACACGGGCGAAGUGUCGACUGCAAUCUGUUGCCUGGACCGCGAGCGCACGCCUGGUUACUCCAUCCAGGUGGUCGCCACAGACGGAGGGGGACUCCAAGGAACUGCUACCAUAUCAAUUUCAGUGAGGGAUGUUAACGAUACGCCGCCGAAAUUCUCGAAGGAUGAAUGGUUUGUAGAAGUUGAUGAAACAGACGGCGAUAAUCUACCACAAAAACCUAUCCUCACAGUGACUGUACGGGACCAAGACGAGCAAAACGUGUUUCAGUACGAGGUAAUAGCAAACAGUGGUUACGGAGCAAAUAAAUUUGCACUUGUGCGAAACAAUGACGGAACUGGUUCGUUGAAAGUGGUUAAGCCACUGGAUUAUGAAGACGUCCAUGGUAACGUUCUGAGAUUCAAAAUUCAAGUCACUGACAUGAAUGAGAAUGAUACGACGGAACAGCAUCACACGACCUAUUCGUGGGUUUCUGUCAAGCUCAGGGAUAUCAACGACAACGCCCCAGUAUUUGACCAUUCCAGCACUGAGAUUACGGUGCCAGAGGACACAGCAGUUGGAAAAGUAAUUGCGGCAUUUGAAGCAAAAGACGCAGACCAGGAUGGAAAGAGCGGCGUAACUUACUCCAUAGAUCACAGCUCCAACAAUGGAAGACACUUCCACGUAAACCGUUUCGGACAGGUGCUUGUCCAGAGAGAACUGGACAGGGAAGAGACAGCUAGGCAUACGGUGAAUAUUUUAGCAGUAGAUGAUGGAACACCUGCAAAGACAUCCACAGCAACACUGACAGUAAUUGUUGAAGAUGUUAAUGAUAAUGCUCCUCAUCUUUUAGAAAAUUAUGAGGCCAUUUUGUCUGAACAUACUUCUCCUACAGAAAUACUAGAAAUAUUUGGAGCUGAUGCUGAUGACUAUUCCAGAAAUAAUGGACCUCCUUUCACCUUUCGGCUGCAUCCCAGUGCAAAUGAUCAAAUACGAUCAUCAUUUGCUGUGUAUUUUGAUCGCAAGGGCCCAAACGGCCAUGGAUCAGCAAUAAUAACAUCACUAAGGUCAUUUGAUCGAGAGGAAAAGAAAGAAUAUUUCAUACCAAUACUAGUGACAGAUUCUGGUUACCCACCACUGACAGGAACAACUACUGUAAGAAUUGUUAUUGGUGAUAUCAAUGACAAUAAAAUGAAACCUGGGAGAAAAAAUAUACAAGUUUACAAAUACCAGGAUCAAACUCCAGAAACAGAUAUUGGAAGGAUAUAUGUUCAAGAUCCAGAUGACUGGGAUUUACCGGACAAGAAAUUCUACUGGCUGGCAGAUGAACAUCAUAGAUUUAAAGUUAAUGAAGCCUCAGGAAUGAUUACAAUGAAAUACAACACACCAGAAGGGAUAUACAAUUUGGCAUUCAGAGUAUCUGAUCACAGACAUUCACAAAACAAUGUUUCAGCAACUGUGACUGUUACUGUGAAACAGAUUCCCGUUGAUGCCAUAAUCAGCUGUGGUUCUGUAAGAAUUUCACAUCUUUCUGAUGAAGACUUCAUCAAGGAAUGGAACAACACUGAAAAUUAAUUGCAGGAAAGUAAGGCAGAACGAUUUAAGCAAGCCUUGUCAGAAGUUCUGAAUACUGAAAAGAAAAAUCUUGACAUAUUCAGUGUAAGGCAACAUAGAAGAACAAUACCUAUGUUAGACAUCUUCUUUUCUGUAAAAGAUUCAAGAUACAGUAACCCUGAAAAGAUAAAUGGGCUACUUCAAGUACAUAAAGCAGAGUACGUUCAUCUCAUAUUGGAUUAUUGUAAAUCAGCUGAUGUUAGGGAAACAAAAAAUAUGACAACAUCGUUUUUCAAUGGAACAAGUUGCCUGGUUAAGGGGAAAUUACCAAUAUUUGGAGGGCACCUGACUUUAAACAGCCCUCUGCAGAUUGGUGGCAUUUACUGGGAUGAAACAUCACAGGAAACAUUUAAAUGGAAUGCAAGUCCAAAUGCUGUUGGCUUCACAGGGUGUAUAAGGAAUCUUUAUUACAAUGGACAGAUUUUGGACUUGUCUGAUGUACUGCUGUCAUUGGGCACAAUAACUGGUUGUUCUCAUACAAAGCCUGCAUGCAGCAAUCUGGACUGCUCUGGACAUGGGACCUGCCAAGCAGACCUUACAGCCAGAGAACCAUGGUGUUGGUGUGAUGCUGGGUGGAGGGGUCCAAGUUGCUCUUCACCAACACAACCUGUCACAUUUCUACCUCACAGUUACGUCAAGUUUGCACUCUCAUUUGAAAUUGGGCACUUCACAACUUUUAUCCAGCUCAGAUUCAGGACAGAGGAAAAGGAUGGUGAAUUAUUUGGUCUGUCUGAUCAACAGUCUCUGGAGUAUGCCAUCCUUGAGAUACAACAUGGAUAUUUAUAUUUUCGUUAUAACUUGAAUAGUAAACGUAUUGAAGAAAAAAGUAUCUGCUUAUGUUAUAUUUCUGUUGAUGAUGGAUACUGGCACAUGGCAAAGGUUUCACGAUAUGGUUCAUUGUCAAUAUUGCAACUGGAUGAUGGCGAAUUCUUAAGACGCAAUCAGACCUCAUUUUUUGAGGGGCAUCAGUGGCUCAUCAUUGAUAAACAAGAAGGUGCUCAUGCUGGUGGGAGGGCAGAGAAUACAGGCAUAAAUACGAUAGAAGUUUACUCUGACUACAGAAAUGGCUGUGUGGAUGAUAUUCGCCUGAAUGGAAGAAUUCUUCCCUUGCCUCCAGCUGCCAACAUCACUCAAUGGGGACAAGCAACAGUGGCUCUUAAUUUGGAAUUUGGUUGCAGUUUUUCUACAGACUGUAGCUUUACAAUUUGUACAGAACCAACAAAGUGCAGUGACACGUUAAAACAACACAAAUGUGUGUGCAGUGAUGCUCAGAUUUUAGCUGCAACCAGUAAGGAUUGCACUGAGAAAGACUGUGCAAGUACCUCUUGUGGUAAUACUGAGAACUGUCUGAAUCUUCAUUCCAAGUUCUAUUACGAAUGUCGGUGUCCUGAUGAUAUAACAACCAUGAACUGCAAAUUUCUUGGUGAUAAAGACACAUUUGGAAUUGGUGUUUGGGCUUUAAUAGCCUUGUUGUCUACACUUUUCUUAAUAUUAGUUCUGGCUGGAAUUAUUCUUAUUUAUAAACAUCACUACAACACUGAUCAGAAGAAACAGCAGAUAAAAAAUGAUGUACGAGAAAAUGUAAUUCAUUAUGAUGAUGAAGGUGUUGGUGAAGGUGAUAUGACUUCCUCCAAUGUGAAACCACUGAUGAGUCCUGUCAACGAAACUGAAAUUGUAGUAUCUUUUGAACUACACAAUCUACAACAAAACCAUGAAAGGACACUAAGAAGCAUUAUAAACAAAUACAAAGAUAAAACUGAUGCUGAAGUACAUUUGAAAACUAAUGACGACAUACAUAUCUAUUUCUGUGAAGGCAGCAGGAGUGUAUCAAGCUCUCUGUCAUCUUUAUGUACAGGUUCUGAAGACAAAGAACAAGAUCUGAAGUAUUUGAUUCAAAUGGGAUUAAUCAAAUCUGAACAAGGCAGAAGAACAACAUAGUGACCAUCACAAGAUACUUGCAUGUUUCAGUGAGUGAUAUGGAACUUUACACGAAUUCUACUUGUAACUCUGUGAGGGCCACAUCAAAGUGCAGCGUACUACAGCAUGUGCAUUGUUUCCAGAAUAAAGUGCCUCGAACUGUAACUCUGUAAAAACUU